AUAGUUCAAAAUGGCAGACCAAAAGUCCCUGUAGCUAUUUUAGAUCUAGAUCUAGGGUUAGUGAAUAAACAUUAAAUAAUACAAACCCUCAUUUUUAAAAACGGAUGAUAUUUAGAUUCUAGAUCUGCAGCUUUUUCGUUUUGAAGUUUUGAAAGUUUUUUCAGGCCCUAUAUGUGAUUGGAUGGUAUGGUCACUUUUUAUGCUCAGCCGUCUUAACUCUGCUUUCCACUAAUUCAUUCAAAACCAGAUAACCAUCAGAUGACAGAAUGCUUUUUCCUGGCAUAGAAAUAGAAGACCAAACAACAGAAGAUGAAUCAGUAGAAGAUAGGCAAGCAGAUGAGGUAAUAAGGAAAAGUUUGAAAGAUAUUUUGCUAGCGACCAUCAAGAUGGGGAAUGGGAUGAACAAGAUUUUGCCUGGUCUGUAUAUUGGUAACUUCCGUGAUGCCAAAGACAACAAGCAACUAAAUGAGAACAAUAUAACACAUAUUGUGGCUGUGCACGACAAUGCUAAAAAGAUUGUAGAGGAUAAAGAAUAUUUGUGUAUACUGGCCAGUGACUCCCCCGACCAGGACCUCAGCAAAUAUUUCCCACAAGUCAUCAAGUUUAUACACAAAGCCAGGCUGGAUGGUGGAGCUGUUUUAGUGCACUGUCUAGCCGGUGUAUCAAGGAGUGUGACGUUGACAGCUGCGUACAUCAUGACAGUGACAGACCUAGGCUGGAGGGAUGCUCUCAACUCUAUACGUGGGGCCAGGAGUGUAGCCAACCCCAACUUCGGCUUUCAGAAACAGCUGCAGAAUUAUGAGAAUGAGCAUUUGGAUGAGGAAAGGAAAAAGUUUAAAGCACAAUUUCCGAACAACCCUUUCAAGGAUGAGGAGGAGUGUCGCUGUAACCUGAAAAGUUUUCAAGAGUACGUAAUGAACGGGACAAUGCCUUCACGGUCCGACGACCUUUACCCCCUCCCGCACAGAGCCUACCAAGGACAGGUAAAGAAGGACGCGGUCAGGACAAACCAUAUAGCAAAGGUAGAGAGUAGCUCGGCUCGAAGCCGACAUCGUCAUCACAACUCUGCUAAACGAAAGAGCACUGUAGUGAAAGCAGAUGAUAUAGAUGGUACAGAACUCUCAGCGUCAAGUCCGAAUGACUCUGAGCCAGUGAUCUCCCUUGAGUGCAGUAGCAAUGUUGAUGGCACAAAGGAAGAAAAUGAGAACAGCAUGCAAGAAGCCCCUCAGGAGAAUGUAAAGAAUGGGCAAUAACAUACAGCCUAUUUAGUGAUUGGAUUGUGUGAAUAGGUGGUUGGGUAUAAAUCUGUUUGAUGAAUUAGGCUGGUGUUUUUUUUUUGUCUGGAGAAAAUUUUCAUAUCAACCCAUUGCAAGUAUUUUUUUAUUCCACAUUCUCAAGUCUUUUCAUUGUUAGUGUUUAGGUGGACCCGGUCAAGUAUUGUGACCUCUCUAAGAGGUCAGCUGACAUGUGUAUUUGUUUAUAUUCUAUUUAUCUUUACAUAUUUCGCAUAUUUAUUGAGCUUGCCUUUUAUCCUAUAAUAAAUUGCUCCUCGUCUUGAAGAGUUUAUCCCUCUGGUUGAUAACUUUUUUUUAGAGUAAUAAGACAUUUCAUGAGGUAUUUCUUCAAAUAAUAUUUUCUCAGCCGUAUUCAUAGAUAUAUAAUAUAUAUAUAUAUAUAAAUAUUUACAAAUAAGAAAUUACAUUGUAGAAACAACAUUAAUUUCUCAUUAGCAAGAAUAAAUUGAAAGAUAAAUAAUCAACAAUUUGCUCAUCCAAAAAAAAAUCUUUGCAUCUGCGGAAUCGCAGAUUGCCGACCACUGCCUUAACUUCAUUUUCCCCUUAAAACUGGGCUGACCAGUAUAUUUUUGGCAGCAAACAUAUCUAAAUUUAGCAUUUUCAAAAAUAGAACACCCAUAAACACAGUCUAGGACAACUUAUUUUAAAUAUUGUUUACUCUCAAUUUCAUCGAACCAGGCCUUAAUGUGUGUUUAUUUUUCUAUAAUUUUUUUUCUAAUUCUAUCAACUGUCCCUUUACUUCUGUGGUCCUUCUAGUACAUGGUAUCUUGUGUAAAUUAAUAAAAAAAACACAUUCUCCACUUUGGCUAAAUGGAUAUGUACAUGUGUAGAUAAUUGUGUGUAAUUAAAACAAACUUUUCCAUGUUGGAUAAGUGGAUUAUAGUAACCCGUCGAUGCUAAUCCUUGCUGUUGAGGUAACUGUUUUACUUUCACACUGUUUUGUGGACCAGGAACUGUAAAGGGUCAGAUGGUUUUAUUGUGCUAUAGUGAGCUCUAGUCCUUAUAAUUAUUCUUUUUAUCUUUGUUCUCUGUUUUCAAUUUCUGGGUUUGUUACUUCAAAUGUUCAGCUAGUGUAACUAAAUGGUCAAAAAGUUAUUUUAAAUUUAUAUUCCAGUACCUUUUGUUAUUUUAAUUACAUUCUAUGUAGGCCUAAUGAUUAAAAAACAUUUCUAUAACAUUUUUAUAGACAGUUUUGUACACCUAGUUUACAGUUUGAAUUUUAAAAUAAAUUGAAAAAUACAAGAAACUUUUUAAAAAACUUUGGCAGCUUAUUUAAAACAAAGGAGGUAAGUUGACAAAAUUCAUUCAAAGCAAAAUGUUUUAUAUUUUAAAAAUGUUACAAAAAAACAAUUUACUAAUGAAUACCUAGACAUUGCAUUAGAAGAUAUUGAUGAUAGUAUUCUUAGUUUAACCUUCUAUUACUCAGAAGUGAUACUUUUUUAUAUGGACAAUUUUUUUUUAUAAUCAGGUGAAUAUAAAUAUUUGCAAUAAUAUAUGCUGUUCUUUUUUAGAAAUGAUACUUUUUAUCAGAUAUUGUAUUUUUUAUUAGAAAUGGUAUUUUGUACCAAAAAUUGUACUUUUUAUCAGAAGUUGUACUUUGUAUCAGAAUUUGUACUUUGUAUCAGAAUUUUUGCUUAUCUUGCUGUAGCAUUCACGUAAGUCUCUGGUUAAGAUUCUGUCUGAGAUCAAGUUUAAAUAGAGGUGAAUGGUUUUAUCACCACAAUGAGGACUGUCCUGUCGUACCUCCAUGAUGACUGAAUGGUUGUUUCCCUGUAAUGAGGCCAGACCAAUGAAGUUCUAAGCAAGGCCUCUUGCCCUUAUGAAGAGGACAGAUUAGUAUUCUUGCAAUUAAGAUAACUUUAUAAACCAAAACUUGUUUAAUCAGAGUCUUUAAAACCCCUUGAUGUUGGAUGUAAAUGUAACCUUCAACCCCCAUUUGUGCUCUCCUGUCUUGAAGUUUACCAAAACACAUUGACUGUCUUCCAUUAGAUAUCAUCUCUACUACUUGCCUUAUGGAAGAUUUUUUUUACAACUAUUUAUUACUGCAUGCCCCAUUGUUUUGCCAGUUUGGUUUAGUUUUUUUUUAUAAACCUUUAAAAGGUAGUAGUUAGUUGAGUUUGUAUACAAGCUACAGACCCUAUCUGUUUCUUAAGCCUUGAGUCACGUGGGUGAAGUCAACUUCAUGUUUUGUCCUGUUUAAAAUUCUGAGAACUGUGACAAACUUGUCACUCCGAGAAUAUUUCCUCAAGAAAUGUGUCUACUGUUUGUUUAAUGGAUUUUUUUUUUAAUAAUUUUUUUAAAUUUUUUAAUGGUAAACUUUUGAUAAUGUCUAUGAGGGAAUAUUUCCUCAAAAAAUGACUAUUAUUAUUUCCUAAAAAAAAUUCUGUUAUUAUUUUCUCAAAAAAAUUUCUUUUAAUAAUUCUUUAAAAAAUGUCUACUAUUAUUUUUCUCAAAAAAAUCUAUUAUUUCCUCAGAAAAAAAUUCCAUUUUUAUUUCCUCAAAAACAAAUUCUAUUAUUGUUUUGGAAGUUCAAGAUUUUUAUUACAAAAAUGUCACAUCUGAAAUAUUCUUUUUUUUUCAUAAAAUAAUUUUUGCCACAAACGUCUGAAGGAAAUAUUUCCUCAAAAAUUGUCUAUUAUUUUGGAAGGCUGAGAUCUUAACCACAUAUCUGGAAUAUUUUCUCCAAGAAUUGAAUUGCUAGUUUUUUUGAACGUUGGAUCCUGCAUUAUUUAUUUUUGUUGUACAUAGCCUAGAUUUCUUAUAAUUGUUUCCUACUUAAAAUAGUUUACUUAAUAAAUAACCACCUAUUAAGCUAUGAUAUAUUUGAAUAGAGUAAGUAAUGAUGAUAUUCUUAGGUUCUUAUUUGCCUUAGUCGUAUUUUUCAAGUAAUACAAACGACACAUUCAGAUACUACUCAGUUAUUUUAAAGAAAGAAAAUACUAGCAUUUCUUCAUUGAAAAGGUAGUAAGAGAGUUAAAUAUCAGGUGAAUUUUAAUCAAUGGUGGCUAUGUUUGCCUCCCAUUGUAUUACUCACAAGGUUCAGCUUUAAGGCUUACAUAUUUUCUACUAACAACUCCUGAUAAAUCUCUAUGCAUGAGAAACGGGAAUGACAAGUCAGGCAAACUUUAAAGUUAUAUUUAGCACUUUUUUAUUUAAUAUUAAGGAACUGAUUUUAUAACAUCAUUUUUAUCAUUGCAGGCACAUUGGCAAAUCAAUGAACUUAAUUGCAAAUUAAAUUAAUUUUAAAAAUGUAUGUUAUCUAAAUAAAACUGAGGUAUUGACAUUUUUUUUUAAGAUAUCUUUUUUAUGGUAAAAGUUUUUAAAGAAAAAUAUUAAGUCUUGCAAUAGUUGAACAGCAUAAUAUAGGGUAAAAGUAAAAGUUAGUUUUAAGUGAGUAAUAUAUUGCAUGUAAAAUAGAUUUAUAAAUCUGCAAGUAUAAGCACGUUAAAUAUAAUAUUGUAGGCUCUAUAUUGUGUUUAAAAAAUAUUUUUUGUUUUGUUGAUUCUCAUCAGUUUCAAACAUUUUAUUUCAUGAGCUUUGAACCCUCAUUCAAGUAGUAAAAGUGCAGUCUUCAGAAGACUGUAGAAAUAGAUCAAAGUGUGUUCUCUUAAAAAAAAAAUUGCAAUUGUGUUUUUGUUUUGUUUUUUUAUAAUUUUUUAAAAUUUUAUUUAGAUGAGCAUUAAAAAAAUCAACUAUUUUUAAACUAGGAUCUCUGAAAUGACUAACUACUAUUUACAAACAUUUCCUGACUCAUAUUACUUUAAGCCUUUAAGCUAUCUAGUCUAGUAUGGACAAGGGGAGACUACACAACAAGGUUUUUGCCUUCUCAUAUUAAUAAAAUUACUUUCUUGCUUGAGACUUAUAUUUUACCACCUAUGUCUGCAGGCUGGAAGAAUGCAUUUAUUCUUUUAAUUGUCAAUUCUAUUUUAUAAAAGAGAAAUGUUUCUGCCUUUUAAACAAAAAUUGUAAUACUUUUCAAUAAAACAAAUUUUUUUAAA